CCAAUUUUUUGACGUCUUCAACCCUAGAACCAGACGGGAUCAAAAACAAGAAGCUAGCUGGCUUUCAAACUGGUAUGCAGGUUGUUAUAGCUUCGUCCGAAUUUAUAACGUAGCUAAGGACAUUCAAAUAGAAGUAAGAUAUAAGUGAAACAAACGUCAAUGAUACACGAGCGUCGGAUAGGAACGGAGGGCAACUUUUUCCCGGAAAGGUGGGAAUUUGUUUUCAUUUGAUUUUGUUGGCUAACGCUAGCUUAACCUAAUAACGUUACUGUACGUUAGCCAACAACAGUCGCAAGACUCCUUCCUGGACUUGUCGAAGUUGCAAAGCUAGCUGGACCCUCCUUAAAUCAAAAUCAUGGCGUGUGGAGCGACCCUGAAAAGAACCAUGGAGUUUGAUCCAUUGAUGAGUCCGACGUCGCCUAAAAGGAGAAGGUGUAUCCCGGUUUCCCCAUCAUCCUCCUCAUCCCCACGGAAAUACCUUCGCAUGGAGCCGUCACCAUUUGGAGAGGUGUCGUCAAGACUAUCAGCUGAGAAAAUUCUGAACAACAUCAAGCAGGAGUACAAGCGCAUUCAGAAGAGAAAACACAUUGAUGGAGUUUACCAACAGACAGAGGGUUGCUACUCCCCAGAGGCUCCACCCCCUCUAGGUGGAUCCAGUAUGCCAGGCACAUCGGCUGGAGGUUCUUCUCCAUCAAGGAAAGAACAGCCCUUAUUUACUCUUAGACAAGUUGGAAUUAUUUGUGAACGUCUACUGAAGGAGCGUGAAGAUAAAGUUCGGGAGGAAUAUGAGGAGACCAUGACUUCCAAGUUGGCAGAACAAUAUGACACUUUUGUGAAGUUUACACAUGACCAGUUGAUGCGAAGAUUUGGAGAGCAACCUGCAAGCUAUGUUUCCUGAAAGCAUCCCAGUCUGCCAGGUGACCUGUUGCUGCAAGCUAUCAAGUUUAAAUCUUGGGAAAUCACCGCAAGAGAUUUGGUUUAUUUCAACUUUUCUUACUGUGCCAUAUUUCUCCUUUGGGCAAAGGUUUAUAAGCCGUUAUCAGUGGUUAUCACUUUCUCUCGCAAGCAGCUAGGUGCUUCCUAAUGUAAAUGUAUAGGCCCUCUCUACCAUUGGCCUACGUUUCUCCUGCUGAAUAUGCGGAUGCACCAGUUACUUUUUUUGUAUGGGACUUUACAAAGUGUAAGUUAGAUAUUUUUUUUUUUUUUCCCCUUUCAAAAUGUUUAUUUUAUUUUGUCAUUUUUGUUUUCCUGGUAUUACUUUCAAACCUAUGUACUUAGUGGAAAACCAAACAAUAAAAUGUUUUAAGGCUUA